GCAAGCUCACUCAGCAGGCAGCAGCUACUGUAAAAACGAACCAGACCGCCUACUUAUUCCCAUCUCUGUCUCGGCCAAAAGAGGCAACCAAGCCGCCGCCCCCAAACGCUCGCACCCACCAGAGACCAUGGCCAUGGAGGUGGACGAGGACGACGUCUGGGGCGCCGUCGCCACCAGCCCCAGCGUCUCCCCGCCGCCCGCCAUCUCCACCGCGCUCAGCCUCAACACCCGCCUCCAGCUCCUCGCCGCCUCCGGCGGCACCGGCCCCUCGUUCCUCCCAGCCAUCGUCGGCCUCGCCUCCCCGUUCCACCCCGGCGGCGGCUGCUACCGCAAUGUGGCCGCGUCGCCGUCCCCCACACCCUUCUUCUCCGCCGCCGCGGCCACCGCCCCCUUCUCCCGCCUCGCGCCCCACGACGCCCGCCGCGCGCUGGACCGCGAGAUGUGCCUCGGCCCGCCCCCCGCCGCGGCGGCGGCCGGCACCAGCGGCGCGGGCCCCGUGGAGCGUCGCAAGAAGCGGAUGAUCAAGAACCGGGAGUCGGCGUCCCGGUCCCGCGCGCGCAAGCAGGCGCACGUCACCCAGAUCGAGACGGAGGUCGUGGAGCUGCGGGAGGCCAACGACCAGCUCCGCGCCAAGUACGACCAGCUGAGGGCGGCGGUGGAGGUGUCGGUGCCGGUGAAGAAGACCCUCAAGAGGGUGCUCUCCGCGCCAUUCUAAUCGACUCCUCAACACCCAAGCAGCAGCAGCAGCAACUUCAAUCCAGCUAUCACUACCACUGCUACCACUCACAUAGUUGCAGCAGUAGCACUUAAUUAGCACCAGCUACUAGCUAGCCUAUCAUCAACAUCGUCCAUGUAAAUCCAUGUGGGGAUAUUAUGCAUGCUUUUCUCUUC